CAGUUGUGUUCACAUCUUAUCUCUGAGUUGUGUGGUCAUGGUUGGAAUGGGCUCUCAUUUUUAUGGAGCUAAGGACUUUCAGAUUUAUAUAUUGUUUUCACUGAUUAACAGCUGCAUAGCAGCUACGUCACAAAGUUUGUUUAAAACCACAUUAGAGUUUCCAAUGCGGAGUAUGGUUCAUGUUUGUAAAUAGUGUGUUUACAUGAUAGCAUUAGGUUGAUAGUUUUGUAUAUGUGUAUGCAGCUUUGCUCUGUAGUGUAAAGGCUUGAGAUUUAUAUUUGUGAAAAGUAUGUUUGUAUGUGUGUAAAGUGUAUAUAAAAAUGAGUUGAAUUUCAGAUUAGUGAUAACAUCUUUGUGGUUUCGAAGACUGCAGAGUUGUAAAAGUUUUUGUCAUAUAAUAUAUAAUUUCUGUCAUUUUCUUACCAUAUUAAAAGUUUUUGUUUGUUUGCAAUUAUAAAUUAUCUUUUGCAAUUACCCAAUUAAGCCGUAGCGUUAGCACGGGCAUUCUACUAGUAAUGUAGUAAUUUGUAGACCUUGAGCAUGAACAUGCUGACUCCUUUUAAGGUAUGGUCCGCGCUAGAACGCUUAACAAAAAGAACUCCCAUCCAUUUGCUAAGUUAUCUGGUCUGCCUAAUAUGAAGCUAGGCUACAACAAUGAGACACCAUCCCACACAAGCUUGUUGUGAAAAAGUUAACGCAAUUGAGCCUGCUGCUCCAUGGCCUGCAACCUUAUCUUGAGCUCUGCAUUUUCCGCAGAAAAUCCAGUUGUGUCUCUCUGCCCAGCAAAACACAACAGUGUCAAGGAUAUCAAGAAAUUUAAUACAAAAGACACGGAUAUUAUAAAUUGCUAGUCCUGCUCUCAGAUUCAGAGAACAGAAGCAGUCCAGUAAAAUAUACUGGAAAAUACUGAAUCAAAACUUAAAGUUGCAGCAUAAUACUGAAUCCAAGUAACAAGGUGCCAUUGAUACACUGCACAUCGACAAAAGGAAUAAACAAAAGACAUCAUUCUGGAAUACAAGACGGUCCAUCUCCUCUAUCAUUCAAGUUGUUAGCUGCAUGCGAGCUCAAAGAUGGCGCCACGUCACCCGAAAAAAAAACAGCCGUCGGAUCGGCGAUCCAACGGCUACGGGAAUCCCCCACCUCCACCCGCGCCCGCCUCCGCCGCCGCAACGCCCCACCGCGCGCGCGCCGCCGCAACGGCCCUGCGCCCACGCAGGGCGGAGCAAGGGCGGACGGCGGGCGCGCGGAGCAAAGGUGCGCGGCCGGCGACCGCGCCGAGCAAGGGCGGACGACGCCGCGGGGCCUCGCGCGAGCAGCGCCGCGGCCUCGAGCUCGGCCACGGCGGGGCCACAGCGGCGCGGCAAAGGACCUCGCGGGGCGCGGCGGCGGAGGCCCUCGCGCGGCGACCGGGGGCCGCCGAGCGCGCUGCGGGCGAGCGGCCGCGCGUCGGGCGGCAAGCGCGCUGCGGGCAGCGCGUGGCAGCCGCGGCGGCUCGGUCCCCUUCCGAACGGAGGUCGGCGUCCUCCGCUGCGUUGACCCCUCUCCCCUUCCUCACUCGAUCUGUCCUCACUCGAUCCGCCUCCUGGCGGAGGUCGACGUCCCCGACGCUACUGGCCCUGGAGGUCUCCGCUACGGAGCAGUGCAUCUACGCUAGGUGGAUUUGGCUCAGAUUGCUGCAGAGAAAGCUUGGAUCAGCCACAUGGUCGAGGUGCUCGUCGGACAUAACGGCGGCUCCUGUUGCCGCAUUAACAUCGCAGCUAGCAUCUAUCAGUCCUGCUCAGUAAGUACGAAAUUUCCAGAAUCAAUUUUGCUGGAUAGUGAUUCCCUGCUCAAAUAUGCAUUACUAGAAUCCAAAUUUAGAAAAGAAAUGUCCCCUGGAACAUGUACCAUUGCAUAUUUUCUCUCUACCUAUUUCUAAUGUAAAGGUAUACUUC